AUGGUCGUUUGCACAUUUUUCCAGCAAGGGCGCUGUAAAUUUGGCGAUCGCUGCAAGUACGAGCAUCCUGGCCGAGGGACGACUGGUGCCUCUGGCAAUCGUUUUGGCGCCCUCUCCGGGGGUGGUCUUGGAGGUCAACAGAGAGGAUCAGCUCAGGAAGCAACAGACUACGGUGUGACAGCAAAUGAUAUCAAGCUGGACCUAAGUGUUGGCAAAGGCCGCCCAGAAUGGGUCUUUUCAUCAUAUGCGCCAAGUCGAAAUGCCCCUCGACAGCUGUUUGGGGGCCCUCAGCGGGAACAGAGCAUGGAGGAGAUGCGCCUUCGGCACUACGAACUUGCGGCUGCCGGAAAUCUGAACCAAGCUGUGCAGGAAGCACAGACCUUGUGGCAAGAGUCCGUCAGGCAGAUGGAAUCCGCUUUGAAUGAUCUAAAUGGGGCCGUUAAAUACAUUAUCGACGGUGCCAAUGAACACCCCAAUCGACUUGACAUUAUCGAGCAAUCUCAAAGUGCAGGUGGUUCGGAGACGUCAGCCGUGGGACAGUUCUCGACAGCCCAAGCUGUGGGUGCUUUCGGGGCACCCGCUGCACCUGCUGCAGGAUGGGGCAAGCCUUCAGGGGUCGGGCAGCCUACAGCCUUCAGUCAAGCGUCUACGCAACAACAAGCGCCAGCAGCCGGCUUUGGACAGCCAUCAGCUCUUGGACAAUCAUCGCCAUUCGGACAACCCUCCGCUUUGGGUCAAGCCUCAGGUUUUGGCCAGCCCUCUCAGAUGGGCCAAGGCUCGGCUUUUGGCCAGCCUUCAUCUCUUGGAGCCAGUGCGCAGACUACAUUCGGUCAGCCAGCGUUUGGGCAGCCGGGAUUCGCCUCAGCAGUGGCCGGUCAAAGCCAGCGUGCUUCAGAUGUCUUCGGUGCUCUCUCCAAACCAUCACCAUUUGGACAGUCGCCUACUUCACAACCAGCGCCAUCCGCGGGUGGCUUCGGCAACUCGGGACCAUUCGGACAGCCUUCACAGUCUGCAUCACCAUUUGGCCAACUUGCACAACCGCAGCAACCACCAUCAGCUCCAGCGCCCUUUGGGCAACCAUCUGCGCCACCAAAUCCAUUCGGUGCUCCGUCAACACAACCUCAGCAGUCUGCAGCUGCUCCCUCCCCCUUCGGUCAGCCUGCCGCCCCACAAGGCCUUGUAGUACCGAACGUCAACGCAGGGCCCCGAGCGUUCUUCAAAAUUGACACCCCCAACGAACUGAAUCCUCUGCCACCUCUGGAAGGAGAUACUCGUCGCGAUCCUGCCACAAACCGUCUUGUCCUGUGGAAGGGCCGUCCAGUGACAUACAUCAAAGACGCACCUUGUUAUCUACAUCCUCAAGACAACAAGACCCCUGUUCGCAUCAAUUUUCCGGACGGUCCUCCAGACGAUGCCAGUUUGCGAGACUCUCAGGCUAAGCCCGAGGAAUACACGCCAGAGGUUGAGGCGAUGUUUAGAUUCUUCCUCGACAAUGGCUACUUUAAAGAUGGCAAGAUCCCAUCAGUUGCGCCGAGGAAGGACUUCAUCAGCUUUGAUUUUUGA